AUGUCAGGAACAUCGAGUGAGGGAUUAUUGAAAGGAUGGAUGGAACAUUGGAAGUCUACGAAUGGUGUAACGACAGGGCAGGCACCCGAAGCGAAGGCCGAGCAAAUUGCAACGACGUUAAAGGAUAACUUGGAAACAGCUUUCAGUACAUUGGACAGCUGGCUAGCAGAAAGGUCGGAGUCAAAUGAAAUACGGAACCUCUGCGGAAAAGGAAAGGAAGACGGCGGAAAAUUUUGGCGGGGGAGUGGGGUGGAGCCCGAAUAUAGAAAAAUACUUUGUGAAGCUAUAUUAGAAAUAAAAUAUUUCAUGAAUGGAGUAGAGACGAAGAAAGCAGGGAAGGGUACGAGUCCCCAAGAUGAGACCCCCUUCGUUACGCCCCUCACUCCAGAGAAAGCUUAUGCACGUUGCAUUGUGGGAAUGCUUGCCCUAUCGGAAAUUUAUGGGGAUCAUUGUAAAUUGGACGAGGUCAUAGAGAGGGUUCAGGAUAAAGUGUCGGCCGGAAUACAGCAGAAGUUGAAUGCAUAUUUGGUUCCGAAUUAUAGGACGAACUUGGAUAUAUGUAAAAAAAUUACCAAUACCGAUUUAAUUGUUGGUAGAUCACUUCUCCAUGAUAAAAUCAAAGGUUGGACAGACGGAAAAAGGGCCCAGGGGAAUCGGGCGAUAGGUUGGAGAAUAAAGAUGCCCUGGCAAUAUUGGCAAAGUGUCUGUAACAAAAAUAAGAAACCGGAGCAGGACGACCCGAAACUGAAUAAACUGAGACAACAGAAUGCAGAAAGUAUGGCAACUUUUAUGAAUCUGAAUGACACUAAAAGCAAUACAAAUGAUGUCUCCUUAUCCGAUAUCUUAGUAAAGGACGAAUACAAAUUACCCGAGAGUACAUUGAAAAGAAUUGUUCGGUCAGCUGUAAGUGAUGACAGUGGUACACCAGGUGCCAGUCCUCUGAACAUGGAAAACCUAAAACAGGAGUUAAAUAAAGAAGUCCAAACACAGAAAG